AUGCCUUCGGUGUAUAUUUCUUCUAUUUGCUUCUACAAUAAGAAUGAUGCUUACUCAAAAUUCAGCAGUGAAACUAUCAAAUCUAGUGUGUUGAAGAAAUCAUUGUCCGAGGUCUUAAAGUGCUACUACCCUUUAACUGGCCGCAUUAAAGACAAUCUUAUUGUAGACUGCAACGAUGAAGAGUUGAAGAAAUUUCUUCCAUGUGAUAUUGAUGGCGCACACCAUUUAGUGUUUCCUGUUCUAGUCAACUACUUCACUUGUGGUGGUAUUGCCAUUGGUGCAUGCAUUUCCCACAAGAUUGCUGAUGGCUCAUCCUUUAGCACAUUUGUGAAAAAUUGGACAGCCACAUCUAGAGUCACAAUAGCCAUCGUGUCUAAAGAAACCAGCCGGGAAGAUUGGUAUGGCAUUGUUGUCAAGUUGAGAGAUGCAAAAAGAAAAAUUGACAAGGAUUACGUGAAAAAACUACAAGGUAGUGAACACUUUGAUAUCCUCAAAGAGCUGAGUGGAAAAAUCAUGACACAAGAUAAUGUUGUAUUAAAUUUCACUCCAUUGUGCGGGUUUCCUUUAUAUGACGUUGACUUUGGGUGGGGAAAGCCUUUUUUGGUUGGUUGGGUUAGUUUACCUUUCAAGAAUCUAAUUACAUUUUCAGACACCAAACUUGGGGAUGGAAUAGAGGCAUGGAUAAACUUGAAUGAGGAAGAUAUGGCCAAAUUUGAAUGUGACAAGGAGCUCCUUGCAUAUGCUACUAAAUCCUUCAGGCUUUAA